AUGAAGAAGAUGGUUCGGAUGAACAUGGCGGAGGGCAUGGAGACACUUACACUGGCGGACUUCAAAGGGCAGUUUCGCUGCAUAGCUUGUCAGCGCGCUAAGCAGAAGCGGAUGUCCUACAAGCGCCGAGAAGGAAAACGACAGAAGGAGUGCUAUGCACGCCUAAUGUCGGACGUGUGUCAUGUGGGAGAGCUC